AUGGGAGGAGACUGGUUUUGCAGGAAGAGGUUCCCCUUCUACCUAGUUCUCAGUCUUCUGCUUCAAGGACGGGGCAGUACUUUCACCAUCAAUUGCUCAGGGUUUGGCCAGCAUGGCGUGAACUCCACUGCUCUGGAUCCAGUGUUCGACAGAAAAGCCUUCCGUCCAGUCACCAACUUCAGCAACCCCACCCGAGUCAACAUCUCCUUCACCCUCUCUGCCAUCCGGGACGUGGAUGAACAGCUUCAGCUCUUGUCAUCAUUCCUUUGGCUGGAAAUGGUCUGGGACAACCCGUUCAUCAGCUGGAACCCAGAAGAGUGCGAGGGCAUCACGAAGAUCAGUGUGGCAACUGACAACUUGUGGCUCCCAGACAUUUUCAUCAUCGAGUUCAUGGAUGUGGAUAACACUCCAAAGGGCCUCACAGCAUAUGUAAGUAAUGAAGGUCGCAUCCGGUACAAGAAACCAAUGCAGGUGGCCAGCAUCUGUCGCCUGGACAUCUUCUACUUUCCCUUUGACCAGCAGAACUGCACACUUACCUUCAGCUCAUUCCUCUACACAGUGGAUAGCAUGUUGCUUGGCAUGGAGAAGGAAGUGUGGGAGAUAGCAGAUAUAUCACGGGACAUUGUGCAGACCCACGGGGAGUGGGAACUCCUGGGAAUCACCAAGGCAACCCCCAAGAUGUCCUUGGGCACCAACCUCUACGAUCAGAUCAAGUUCUAUGUGGCCAUCAGGCGGAAGCCCAGACUCUAUGUGAUAAACCUUCUGGUACCCAGUGGCUUCCUGGUUGCCAUUGAUGCCCUCAGCUUCUUCCUGCCGGCAGAAAGUGGGAAUCGAGCCCCCUUCAAGAUAACUCUUCUGCUGGGCUACAACGUCUUCCUGCUCAUGAUGAAUGACUUGCUCCCCACCAGUGGCACCCCCCUCAUCAGUGUCUACUUUGCCCUGUGUCUGUCCCUGAUGGUGGUCAGUCUCCUGGAGACCAUCUUCAUCACCUACCUCCUCCACAUGGCCACCACCCAGCCCCCACCCAUGCCUCAGUGGCUCCACUCCCUGCUCCUGCACUGCUCAAACCCCAGGAAAUGCUGCCCCACUGCACCCCAGAAAGGAAAUAAGGACCCGGGUGUGGCCCACAUCAGCCUGCCUGGCCUGAAGGAGCCAGAGGUGACGGCAGAGAAGAUGCCCGGCCCUAGAGAGGCAGUGAUGGAUGAGUGCCCUGAACCAGCAAGGGCCCAGCAGGAACACGAGGCCCAGAAGCAGCACCUGGUUGACCUGUGGGUGCAGUUCAGCCACGUGAUGGACGCCCUGCUCUUCCAUCUCUACCUGCUCUUCAUGGCCUCGUCCAUCAUCACCGUCAUCGUCCUCUGGAACACUUAA